CCCAGCUAAGUCUCAAAACCGAGCAGAUUGCAGCUGUUUGGUUAAAGUUUACUGCAAGGUUUGCAAAGACGAAAGUUGUGGUAAGUUUUUUGGUUUUUUUCUUUGUCUCUGAACCACAUUUGGGAAAGUCAUCUGGCUUUUAGGUUUAAAUCGAGAGGAAUAUAAAUCGUGGUAAUCAUAUACCACCACUGAGGUGAGAAUUAGCGGGUAUGAGCUCAGAGGAGGAGUCAGUGGAUCAGACACCGCCCACCUGCGGUCUGCUGGGCCUUCUGCUGAAGAACAGGCGUCCCACCGGAGCUGUCAACGAGGUCUGGCCCGACCUCUUCAUUGGGAACGCGGCGACAGCUCGAAAUAAGACGCUGCUACAAAAUCUGGGAAUAACACACGUGGUGAAUGCUGCAGAUGGCCCUCAGCACAUUGACACCGGGCCUCGUUUCUACAGAGACACCAACAUACAGUAUCAUGGAGUAGAGGCAGCAGACUGCAGAGAUUUUGACUUGAGCCCGUUCUUCUCAGAGACUGCUGAUUUCAUUCACGGAGCUCUGAGUCAGAAAGCUUCACUGACCCUGUUCAAGAAAACUAUCCUGCCAGGUAAGGUACUCGUCCACUGCGCUCGGGGAAUCAGCCGCUCAGGAACCCUCGUGUUAGCCUUCCUCAUGAUCAAAGAAGGUCUUACCCUGGUGGAAGCCGUGGAGCUCGUUUGCAGGAGCAGAAACAUCCUCCCAAACACUGGGUUUCUGAAUCAGCUCUGUCAGCUGGACUCAGCUUUGCACAGAAGAAAAAUGUAACAUUCGGAGGUGGAGAGAGCGCGUGGAUGACGUACU